AUGCCAAACACAUCUUUGAAUCGUUACUCCGCAGCUUCGUCAUCAUCAUCAACGGCUUCAUCAUCUACAUCAUCUACAAAUUACUAUAUUCAUUCGAAUAUUUAUUCUUCGUCAUCAUCUUCAACGUUUACGACGCUUCGUUCUGCGACUUCCUCAUUACAUGUAUCAAAAUCAAACAAUCCAGACUAUCGUUCAAUGCAAUCAUUGAAGGUUCAACAACUGCCUUAUCAAACCAGUCGAAUCUAUCAAACACCUGUCGCACGUGUAUCACCAUUAGUCAACAAUCAGCAAAGUGACUAUCAUCACAAAGACGAAAGUUGGCUUAGUUGCGAAGAGCUUGAAACAAUUGAAAAACGCUUUACUGACCUCCUUCAAGAAACACCGGACAAACGAUCGGAUCAACGAGCUAAAAGUUGCGAUCGAUUAACACAUGAAGACGAACAUCAAUUGAAGCCGAUGACAUCAACUUUGUCGCGUAAAUCAUUAUCAUACAAGAAAUUCGAUAAUGACAAUCAAUGUCCACAAACGACGCUUCUCUCUCCCGAUGAAGUCCUUCGAAUCGAAUCAUCCUUUCGCAGUAUUGGUACACAAGUCUAUGCCAGUCGUUGUCUCUGUGAAUUGUACAUCACUACCGCUGAACGAUUAGCCAAACUAGAAGACUGGAUCCUAUUUCAGUAUGGCUCACCUGUUUGGUUACUCGACUCUGGUAAUCAUCCGAAACGUCAAUCACAUUUGUCGUUAAUUCUCGCCGAAUACGGUUCCGGUUUUCCCAUUUGGCAAGAUACCAUCAAUGGACACAGCGAUGUAAAGCAAGCUCGCGAACAACAUAUAACAUUUCGUUUGUCCGAUAAGAUCACUCUUGGUGUACUUCGUUUCACGAAUCUAUUAGCAUCGAAAGAAUUCUUUUCUUAUUACAUCUCCAUUCGGAAUGAUACACGAUAUAAGCAUUUAUUUUCUAAAAGCACAAAUCGCAGUUCAUCGUGUGGUUCAAUAUUAACAAAUCGAAAGAAAUUACCACAACAUGUAAAUAAAUCAUCCAUAUCGAAUCCUUGUCAAUUUCAACAUAUAACAUCUUUACAAAUCAAAGAUUGUGCUCGCUUAACGUCACUCAAUCGCUGUUUAAUGCCGGCUCUUUCCCAUUCAAAUCAACUAUUAUGA